GCCGCUUCCUCGGCGGGCGAUUCCAAGGCGCUGUCGGGUUCGCUGCCGGCCCCUCGCGGGACGCGAUGGCGCUGUGCCCGGAGCUGGAGCGCUCGCUGUCGCUGCUGGAGCCGGGCGCCGGCCGGGCCCAGCAGCAGCAGGAGCAGGAGCGGGGGGCGGACGCGGCCCCCAUGCCCAUGGUGUUCAUGUGCGCCGGCUGCGGGCGCCCCGUGGGCGACACCUCGAGCUGGGUUUUCAAUGACGAGGAGAGCGGCUGCAUCCUGCUGCGCAGUGCGGCCGCCAGCGUCGCCGUGGACCCGGAGCGGAAGGUUUCCCAGCUCCCCGGAGAGUACGGAUGCAUGGUACAAACCCUAUUCUGCUCUGGCUGCUCCAGGACCCUUGGCAGCAUAUACAGGUGCACUUCAAGGCAUCUCGACUACAAGAGAGAUUUGUUCUGUUUCAGUGUUGACUCUGUUGAAAGCUAUAUUCUAGGCACCCUGGAAAAGCAAGCUCUCAUUCAUGAGGAGCCACUUACUCUUGAAAGUCGAGCUGUCUUGGAAGAGGUGCUGGGAAGGGUGGAUACGAUACUCAAGGCUCUGGAGACAAGACUGACCGCUCUGGAGUCGCGGGUGGCUGCUCUGCAGAGCCAGGUGUGAGAGGAAUCCGUGGGGAACUGCAGGAGAAUGGGAAGGUGAAGCUUGGCCCUGUCAUCCUCUGGGAUCUGCGGGGACGUUGCACAGGCUGUGAAAGAGCUGAAAGCCGUGGGUGGCCUGUGCUGGGGGGAGCAGGGCUGAGCCAGGCUGUGUCCCAGCCAAGGAGCUCCUCUUAUGUCCCCUCAGAGGAGACCCCCAGGGUUUUCUUUUCUUAAUAAAGCCUUCUGAGCAGUCAAGCUGAAGACUUCUGGUUUAAUGUAAAUACUGAUUUAAAUUUUUAUCUCUGAAAGCAACUCCUUCAUCUCCUGACUUCCCUGCUAUUGAGUAUCUACUGAACUGGGAGUGCAUUUUCCUAAGCUAAUGAGAAACCUCCCCAUGAUUCUGUCAUUUCCAAAGGAACAGCAUUAAUCCCUUUUCUUUUUCUUGUCUCCAUAGCUUUAGCCUGACUUGUGCUCAAAGUCAGGAAUGACUCAAUAACUGUAUGCGGUGACAUGUUUGUUUGGUGGGGUUUUUUGCAUGUUCAGGGCUAAAAUAUGAUGUAAGAAAAGGCUUUUUUGGCAGCAUUAGAUAACUGCUUUUCCACAGUGUUGAGGAUCAGUUGUUUUACAACUUCAAAUGGAGGGAAACCACUCCAGGCUGAUGGUGACACUCCUUUAAGCAAGACUUGGUAUAUGUUUGAGCAAUAAAUUCAGCAGGUUGUGUUAAUGCUGCUCUUUUGGUUGUGUUUUGUUUUCUGUGCAUUUGACUAGUUGUCUGUGUUUCUCAUACAGUACAUGUGUUCCACCCAGUGUUUUUCAAUAAAAGUGAGCAGUUGUGGUGUAAAGCAAGAAUAAUCACAAAUUUGGUUUGGGUUUUUUUGUUACCCAACAGUACUUAGCUUUACUACUGUGAGUUUUAAAAUUUUCUCCAUCAACUCGGAAUGAAUUUCCCUCUCUGUCAUGCUGCCCAUCCCCAGUUUUGGUGGUUUUUAUUUUUUCUAUUUCAUCCUGCACCCCUCUUCCAUUUCUUCCUGUGUCCUCUCUGCUGCCACUCCCUCUUUCUCCCCUGUGACAGCAGGUCUGGGGAGGGACUGCAACCCUUCUGGGGGCUGCCCCCCUUUCUUAUUGCAGCAGAGUCUCUUUUUGGGGGGAUCUGCACUUGGAAAGGGCUGGAAUAAAGUGCCGUGCUGCUGUCCAGGGCAGCUGGACUCGUCCUGUGCCGCCUUUGGGGGUGAGGAAAAAAGGCUGAGGGGAGGGGGUGGAGACUCUGGUGUCAUUUGGGGCUCUAUUUGGGGCUCCCCAGGAGAGGGAGCCACGCUGCCCUGGAGGAGCGGGUGAGUGGGGAAUGAGGAGGGGUCGUGCUGGGUCCCCUCCCCCAGAGCAUCCCAAGACUGCCAGGAAAUUCACACAGAGGGGUGAGUGUAGAAUACUAAAACUUGUCAAGUUUUUUCUUUUUAUAGGUAUUGCCCAAGAAUAGGAAUAGAGUUCAUCUCUAAAAUAAUUUGGAAAGAAACCCUCUCUCUAUCCAUUCUAUUGGAUACAGGAACAUAGGAAACUCUGACCAGAGAUGGGGAGUAGUUUUGACAAUAAUGCCAUAACACUUUUAUCUAGGAGUGAAACCAUCACGUGCCUGGAACCAUAAGAACAGAUGCUGGGGCUGAGGGCAAUAGAAAGGCUCUCUGGCAACUUUUGCCUCUGUUCUCUGCCUGCCCCCGAAGCGCAUCGCAGCCCUGGAAGAGACAUUUGUCAUCCAGGUUGCCAAAAUGAAGACCUGUCAAAUCCCAGCUCUGCCUUGUGUUUAAUGUUUCUGCUUUGUAUUUAUGUUAUCACUAAAUCAAGGAAAGGGUAAAUGUGAUUGGAUCCCGCUAUUGCAAUUUGAAGGUUUUUUAUAGGCUGGUGUGUUUAUGUUGUCUGUUUCCACUCCAAGCUUGACUUUCCCCUCCUUUUUCGAUGUCUGCUGCAUUGGGAGUCCCAAGGAGGGCUGGGUUCCUCAGCAGGGGCUUUAGGAGUUCCCGGCACAUUCAUUCCCUGGGAAUUGCCCAGCUGGAACGGGAAUGUGGUGUUAUCUAUGUGGUUUUAAUAGAAUAUUACAUUCUUUGGUGUUGUAUGGUGUUUUAUGUUUUGGUAUUUAUUUUAUGUCAUUUGGGUUUAGAGUGAAGAUAACUUAAUGGAUUGAUUUGUUUGUAUUUGAGGUAGAAUUAAGUAGCUUUUUUAAACAGACUUCUGAAACGUAUUAUUGGGGGUUUGUUUUUGUUUAUUGUAUGGAAGGGUUCAGAUUGGUAAGGCCAGCUUGCCUGGUGGAGCUUUGGGUGUUUUGUUAAAUGCAGUUUUUCAUUUUUAAAAUUUUUCUCUGUUCAGUGGUUUUAAGGUGGGGUUUGAUCUUUCACUGGGUAGUUUUACUCUGUUUGGACAUGAGAUGUGACAAGGGAUGUGGUCUAUUGAUUUCAUGUUAUGCUUCUUAAUGGAGGUGUUGAUCAGGUUGUGUUUGAUUGGAGUUUUGUUGAUUUUUUUUUUGGUGGGCUGUUCUGUAUUUCAAGGAAAUGUUUUCUAAGAUUUACAUUGGUGUCAUGGGCUGUAGCCUGAGGUAGAGGGCAGGUUUUUAUUGAUUUAGUGGUGGCUUUUAUUAUGGUGAGUAUGUAGUGUUGGUUUUGGUGGGUCUGAGGUAGUUCAUUUGUUAGGAUUUAUUAAUAUUUUUAAUGGUUUCUUGUAUUAUAGGGGUUUAUUUAUUUAGCUUGAUUGCAGUAUGUUCUAUAGUUAUAGAUAAUGUGGGAGGUAUUGUUUAUGGUUCAAUUGAUCUUUUAAUUUGGGUGUAUUUAGAGGUGGCAUUUUUUGUUUGGAUGGUUUGAGGCAUUAUGGGGUUAUUGAGUUAGGAAUUUAUUUUUUGGUGUUGUUAUUUAAAGUUUAUUUCUGUUAUUUUUAUUUUUGUAGUUUGAAUUGUUUGUUGUUUGGGUGGUUUAUAUUACUUUUAUUUUUGGGAACGUGGGUAUUGAUAUGGUGGAUUUUUUAGGUAUUUUUUUGGGGGUAGCGAUGCUUCUUUUUUAGUAGUCUAGAUUUUUUCAUGUUGUUCAUUAGUUUGGCUAAUUUUAUAGAGUAUUGGUUAUUAUUUUUUCACUCAGUGUAGGGAUAGAGGGUUUUUUUAGUCACGUUUAGGGUCAGUUGUACAGUUUUGAGUUUAGUAAGUUGGUUCAUGUUUUUUACUAUUUUUAUGAUUGGUUAUGUGGGGUUCUCUAUGGUUGUUUUUCAUUUUUGUUUCAUUUUUAGGAGAGGAGUUGUCAGCGAAAAGAGUGCAGUGGGAUUUGUUUGCUGGCAUUUGGUUGUAUGGUGGAGUUUUUUAGUUUGCAUUUGUUUUAAGGUUUUUCGUAAUGAGAUUGAAGUUUUUAAUUUUUGGCUGAUUUGUGAUUGUUUUAAAGAUUUUAGGGAGAUGUCGAUUUUUCCUCCGAAAGCGCUGUAUGGAGAGGGUAAUUUAUUUGUUUUAUGUGAUAUUGGUGGCAACAAAGAAGUUAACAAAUUACAUCCAUGUCCACUGUAUGUUAGAAAAGCCUCUGUAUUUUCUGCUACAUUAAAAAAACUGAACAGAAAAAGCUGUAAACAUUCUGGGGCCAAUUUUUGCCUUUUUUUCCCCGGACAGGACUCAACCUACCCAUUUACAGGAUCAGCAGCUUAUCAGGUGAAGUCAGGUGUAUUUCAGAGAUAACAGUAAAACAAAGUAGUUGUUUAAUUUUGUAACUCUCCAAACCUCACUGUUUAGUAACAAAGAAAUCAAAAACAAAGCAAACAAAUAAACAAACAAAACAAAUCCCCCAAACACCCUUGCCCAAAAGAACACAGAAAGAGAAAAUAUACCGAUAUUAUUUCAAUAAAUAUAAAUUCUUUCCCCCUAAG